AUGAAACUGACACACCUAUUCUCUCUGAUGCCAAGUGGACCCAGAUCCUGGCCCCGCCGGCCCACCUGCUCUCUCUGAACCCCGCCCUGGCCCACGCAGACCUCAGCCCCCGGGAAAGUCCGCUGCCCUUCAAGACUCUCCCCGACUCCUCCUCCAGCACCUCCCCGGGGGCAGACCCUAAAAGACACCCUGGUCCUGAACUUUCAUCCUGGGGAGAGGAGAGGCCGGCAGACGUCCACAGCCCACCGCACCCCCAGCCCAACAUCGGCAAACUGGUUGGAACCGACGACCUGUCGCCGCCCCCUGUGACGGCAUGUAGUGCAGUAGAGAAUGGUUGCGCUGCAAGCCCGCAACAUGAUGGGCUGAGCAAGGAGAGAAGUUCUUCUCCAGGUUACGAGUCGGCUGCUUCUGACCAGGCGGUUACACCUCAUCAGGAGGAGAGAGCUACCUCAGCUGGAGGGGGAAGCUCCACUGUCAGUCACACUAACUUUACCUUUGAGCUGGGACAAGGACAGGAAGAGACUCCUUCUGAGAAAAUUCAUCCAGAUGUGGAAGCAACAACACAAAUAAGCGAAAGUGUCACAAAAAAGGCCAGUACAGCUGUUUCACAGGACGAUAGUCAAGAAAGACAAACUGCAAACUCAAACAAGGAACAGAGAGAAAGCCUCCUGAAUGGGGAGAGAGGUGUUCAGUCUGGUUCUGAGGCAGAGCAGAAUGGUGCAUCUUCUCCGAACAGGGUUGGAGUGGAGAGGAGAUGUGGUCCAGAGGGACAGAUCGACCAGCUCCUCAGAAUAACAAGCCUUCCCAAUGGUUCGGAGCAGGAGAGGAGUAAUUACACUAAGCUGACAGACGGGAAAGAGGAGGAGGAGGGUUUUUCUCCCUCUCCUGUUCCCUCUAAGGAGGACUCUGUGACCGAGGAGAAAGAAAUGGAGGAGAGCAAGCAGGAGAGCAGCGAUGGAGGAGCGCUGGGGUUGGGUAGCAUCCAACCAAAACUCAACAAUCGGCUGCAGCCCGUCAGUGUUCCCUACGGGGGGGCACGACCGAAGCAGCCAGUCACCCUCAAACUCCAGAUUCCUCAGCCGCUGUCCGGCCAGGUCCAAAACCAGCUCGUCAGCAAGAACAAGAACCUUGAGAACCAGUGUCGGAGAAGCACGCCAUCUGAAACAACUCUCAGUGGGACUGAUCAGACCACAGUCGGGGUGAACGGAGAUGGUGGUGUCCACUCUCCUGCCCCGAGGCCUUCCGAGAGCCCAGACAAUGACCUCCAGGCAGGACAGCAGGGUGCCCUGUGCAAGAAACCUGCCAGCUCCCUGGGUGAGGUUGCCCCUGUGUGGGUGCCCGACUCCCAGGCUCCGGUCUGCAUGAAAUGUGAUGUCAAGUUCACCUUCACCAAGAGGAGGCACCACUGCAGAGCCUGUGGCAAGGUGUUCUGUGCAGCAUGCUGCAGUCUGAAGUGCAGGCUCCUGUACAUGGACAGGAAGGAGGCCCGCGUCUGUAUCACCUGUCAUUCUGCUCUGACCAGUGCUCAAUCAUGGGAGACACCGAACACUGGAAACAACCAGAGUCCGAACCCCAACAACCCGGCCGAGUACUGCUCCACCAUCCCCCCUCUGCAGCAGGCUCAGGCCUCUGGGGUCCUCAGCUCCCCUCCUCCCACCGUCAUGGUGCCUGUGGGAGUCCUGAAACAGUCUGGCAACGAGGGGUCCCUCUCACGUGAGCAGAGGAGGGUGUGGUUCGCAGAUGGAGUCCUUCCUAACGGAGACGCAGCAGAGUCCCCCAAACCUCCGACCUCCAGCCCAGCCCCCUCCCAGUCGCUAGCCAUCUCCACGGGCUCAAGCAAAUCCUCGACUUCUGAUUCCUCAGAGGCAGCCCAUACCCCUGUUGCCCCGGUGGGCAGCCCCGUGGGCAGCUCCAUCAGUCUGAUUCCAGAGGACGGGCUCCCUCCCAUCCUCAUCUCCACUGGAGUCAAAGGAGGUACGGGAGGCCACAUCACAGACUACGCAGUGGAGGAGAGGCCGUCGGAGAUCGUCCUCAUGCAGCAGCUGGAGGAGGGAGGCCCCGACCCUCUGGUCUUUGUGCUCAAUGCGAACCUGCUCGCCAUGGUCAAGCUUGUAAACUACGUAAACCGGAAGUGUUGGUAUGUGACGACCAAAGGCAUGCACGCUGUCGGCCAGGCGGAGGUGGUCAUUCUGCUCCAGUGUCUCCCUGAUGAGAAGACCAUCCCUAAAGACGUCUUCACGCACUUCGUGCACCUCUACCAGGAGGCCCUCAGUGGCAACGUGCUGAGCCACCUGAGUCACUCCUUCUUCACGCAGAGCUUCCUGGGCAGUAAGGAGCAUGGCGGCUUCCUCUACAUCAGCCCGUCCUUCCAAUCACUGCAGGACCUCCUACUACCAAACCCGCCUUACCUCUUCGGCAUCCUGAUCCAGAAGUGGGAGACGCCCUGGGCCAAGGUCUUCCCCAUCCGCCUCAUGCUGCGGCUGGGUGCAGAGUACCGCUUUUAUCCGUGUCCGCUGUUCAGUGUUCGCUUCAGAAAACCUCUCUUCGGAGAGACCGGUCACACGAUAAUGAACCUGCUCGCAGACUUCCGUAACUACCAGUACACACUCCCGGUGGUGAAAGGGCUGGUCGUGGACAUGGAGGUGAGGAAGACGAGCAUCAAGAUCCCCAGCAAUCGCUACAAUGAGCUGAUGAAGGCCAUGAACAAGUCCAACGAGCACGUUCUGGCCAUGGGGGCGUGUUUCAACGACCGCGCCGACUCCCACCUGGUUUGUGUCCAGAACGACGACGGCAACUAUCAGACGCAGGCGAUCAGCAUCCAUCACCAGCCGCGCAAAGUCACCGGAGCCUGCUUCUUUGUGUUCAGUGGGGCUUUGAAAGCCUCGUCAGGCUUCUUGGCAAAGACCAGCAUUGUGGAAGACGGUGUGAUGAUCCAGAUCACAGCUGAGACCAUGGACUCUCUGCGGCAAGCCCUGAGAGACAUGAAAGACUUCACCAUCACGUGCGGUAAAGCCGACCAGGAGGAAAACCAGGAGCUGGUGCACAUCCAGUGGACAGAGGACGACCACAACUUCAACAAGGGUGUGAUCAGUCCGAUUGAUGGAAAGUCUAUGGAGUCCAUCACCAGCGUCAAGAUCUUCCACGGCUCCGAGUUCAAAGCCAAUGGCAAAGUCAUCCGCUGGACAGAGGUCUUCUUCCUCCAGAGUGAAGACCAACCCAACGGUCUGAGCGACCCCGCCGACCACAGCCGCCUGACGGAGAACGUGGCGAGAGCUUUCUGCGUGGCGCUGUGUCCGCACCUGAAGCUGCUGAAGGAGGACGGCAUGGCCAAACUGGGACUGAGGGUCACACUGGACUCUGAUCAGGUGGGUUACCUGGCAGGAAGUAACGGUCAGCCUCUCCUGCCUCAGUACCUGAGCGACCUGGACAGCGCUCUGAUCCCCGUCAUCCACAGCGGGGCGUGUCAGCUGAGCGAGGGCCCCGUGGUCAUGGAGCUGGUCUUCUACAUCCUGGAGAUCAUCUCCUAGAAGCCGCAUACAUCCCCACCACUUCUUUUUGUUUUUUUUACCUUCUAACACAUCCCACAGCCUCCGUCACCUCCCUUCAACUGUUUGCACUUAUAACGAGCCUGAAAACUGUGCCGCGCCAGGUGAGGUAGCAUUCCUCAAGUCAAACCUAUGCAUCCAGCCACCGUCUGUUGUGCUCCGGAGGUCACCUGGGGCCCGAGGAAGCUCAGAGCGGGUGCUCCGGUCACACUGGGUCCGUCCUGAUGCCCACACUGUGCACGAGUAGUGAAGUGCCUGUUUGGUUUAUUGACUUCCCACAUAUUAGACAAAUUAGUCUGAUGGACCAGGCAGUACUCAGACCACAGACACAGACGAGAGUUAAACUCUUAAUAAAGACGUUACAGAGGCAGAGAAAUCACUUGAUUCUGUUUCUGGUGGAUUAAGUUGGAUGUUUAUUAUAUUUUGACGAUGCUGAUCAGUUUCAAGAAGUUGAUAGGAGGUGAUAAUAAUAAUAAUCUGUGGAUGUGCAGCAAUAAUAUGUGAAGUUUGGAGAUUUGUGUGUUGACUGUUGUCGGUCCUAACAGCAGGAAGUACAAACAGCAGCUGGACUGGUUCAGUGAGAUGAAGAUAGAAAUUAAGAAACUGAUGAUUUUCUUGGGUUAGGUGAAAACUGUCUGUUACAGUUUUGUCGAUUUGAAGCUUGUGUCAGAAAAAGAUCUGACCCACAGACGAUCAGUUUACUACAAAGUAAGACGAGAUGUGACGACGUGAAAGUGAAAGGUCACAGUCGAACUGGUGAUAGAAGAACAGGGCAGAGAGGGAGCACGAGCUCCGUGAACGUCUUUCCUCUGGGUUGUGUUCGUGUUUGUGCGUUGGAGCGUAACAGACGUGAGACAACCAGAAAAUAAAAGUGGUUUCUCAGAUUUGCUGCUUUGUUUGUUCUCGCUAACGCUUUGUCUCCAGCUCUUUCACUCGAGGACUCUGGUCAGAGGCUUGAUCCGAUUCUUUUACUCUUUUUAAACUUGCAGAGUAGUAUAAGUACAGUUGAGUAUUUUUGACAAGCUAGAGCUGAUUUGCCCUAAUGUUGAAUCAGUAUUAGUAGAGUAGGUUGUUGGGUUACUCUCUCUGUGUGUGUGUGUGUGUGUGUGUGUGUGUGUUUUCCAGACAUGACACACACUUACGCUCCGCUGACGUGGAUGUGUGUGUGUGUGUGUGUGGACGGACCCUCUGUCUGACUCGAGCGUGGCGUUACUUAGCACCCAAACGUCACUGUGGCAGCCUGAAGGCUCCUGAACGGGCCUCUGUGUAGCACGGAUGCUCUUACGAGAGGAGACUCAUCAUCCACCGCUGAAGAGUUCGGACCUAUUUCUCUUUGGUUGCGUUACCAAGGAAACUACAAAUCAUCGGCUGAGGAGGUAGAAGGUGUCUCUGUGUGGUGGAGUAGAAUUUUUCUUUUUUCUUUUUCUUUUUUUGCUCCGUGGUUCUCAGUGCCUGCAGCAGCGAUUCAUCAACGAGACGGAGAAAGAAAAACAUCCCGGCUUCACCUCUUAAGCUUUACUCAUCAAUCACCAGAUGCUUUACUUCAUGGACAAACGUGUCCACUGGUUGUACAUAUUUUUGUAGGCAGAACAAUCUCCCGUCCGUUACGACUAUGACAUGCGUAGCCUCCAGAGAUCCCAGUGAAAGACAGUAUUAUUGAAUUGACCGUCACACACUCGUCUGCCGUGAAACAAGAUUUCAAGCCACAAACGCCCCUUUGUCCUAAAGCAGACGGCUAAUGAAAAGGUUCCAAUGCUUUAUCGAGAAACUCAACGUGUACAUAAAUGGGAAAAGCAGAAGAGGGGAAAACUUUUUAAUCUCAUCAGAAUCAUCAGCGCUCGUGUUCGUCCGGAAAAAAACAAAAACCCCUUGAGUUAUUUUAAUCAUACAAAGAGAAUAACUGUCGAAGAUGUAAAGAUGUAUAAAUAUAUAAAAAGUGUAUUAAACUUGCAGAAGCAGUGCACUGGAUUCUAAGCCAUCUACAGGAGAGGGAAAGCAGGCGUCAGGGUUACUGCCACUGUGUUCUGGAAAAGUUUCUCCAGCAGAAGAGGAAAGAAAGUUUGGUGUUUGAAGAUCUGGGGGUUCCUGCAAGAUCGACUUCAAGCUGAAUGUAUUUCAUCUCAUGUUUUCUGCAGAAAACUCCUCAUCCUUCCAAAAUCCAUGAAAUCAGCACCAUCCUGCUCCCCAGACUUUUCAAGAUUAAAGUUUGCAGACCUGGCAGGAACCGGACUGUUCGUCUUCAAGGCCUCAGCCGUUUGUGUUGGAGGUAGACCUGCAGCUCCUCUGUCUGCUCUGCUCUGUCCGCUCUCCCUCCGCAACAUGGACCUGGAAGAACAAUCUAAAGAAUGUAUUCCUCCUGUUUCUGUUCAAGUCUGCAAAAUGUGUUUUUGUUUUCUUUUUCCAUUUCUCGCUAGACUAAUCACCAAAAACCUCACCCUGUUCUGAACGUUCAUCAACCUGCGUCAUCACAGCAGAUCCUCCAUCUUUAGUCAUAGAAAAACAAGAAGGGGCUACGCGGAAAGAAAACCAAGUACUGUUGUCGCAGUGCGAGAGGUUUUUAUUAUCGGAGAAAAACAAUCUCGUCAUCACAAGUGAGAAUCAGACAAUCACAUGAAAACCUGCAGAAGAGCCGACGCUAAGAGCUGAAAUUAGACCUGUAGGAAUCCUGCGUCUGUUUAAUACUCGAUCUGAAGUAUUUUAGACGCCACUGUAGCAAGUUAACGUUAGUGAGAGCGGAUUAAAACGCUCAGAGGUCAAAAGUCACCAGUUCUGGAUUAAUUCACUGUGAUUAUACCAGAGCUGUGAAUCUCUGCGUCUUCACCAUGUGACGUUUUCAUGAAUCAGCAUCAAAGAAGAGGAGACGUAAGGAUUUAUUUUUCAGGCUCCCUGUUUUCGGUUGAGUGAUUUUUUUUUUUUUUUUUGCGUUAUCCAACGUGUGCAAUAUUUCCUAAAUCCAAAAAAAGGUGCAAUUUGUUUGACUGAAAGUAGCAUUAUUUUAAAAUUUGUUGUGGUAUUCAGUUGUAGGAUGUUACGAUCUGAAACUAAACACUGCAUGCAACAGAAACUUGUUGGAUUUGACCGGUUUUCUCCUCGUGUUUGUGGACGAAACGUGAAAAACAAUCCACUUCGUCAUUGACUUGGUUUUUUUUGUUUUUUUUAAUUAACAUUUGUCGAAAUGUUUGAAGCCAAAAACCAUGUACAUGUUUAUUCUUUACACUACAAAUGUCAAAAAAAGUGGUCUUCAUUAAAAAAACUGUAGUAUAUGUACAAU